AUGUCGCAGUACGAGUUGGGCAACCUAUCUUCCCAGCAGAAUCUCACCGCAACCCAUCACGGGGUCGAUGUACAAACCAACACAUCCUCAUCUACUAGAGCUGAUGGGUGCUUCAAAACAUUCUUGAGGACAAUCGGUCUCAAAGUUGUCACCUUCUUUAAUCGGGAGGAGAAGCCCAAAGUCCUCAUCAAGAAAUCGCGUCGCGUUGCGAUAGCGCGCUGCGCGGUUCAUGUGAUACCUGCGCUGCUUACUAUUGGACUCAGCGCGGUAAACUUUGUCGGUUUCUUCAUCGGAGGAGAGCUGCAAGGUAAACAGAAUGACGACUCUUUCAAACUAGGUCUACUCCAAAUCGCAACAAAAGUACAGGAGCUUCUGAUCGUGGCAAGCAUUGGGACUAUUAUUUUCCACUGCCUACGUUCCGAGGUUAUGUUUGGUCCUGGACUACCUCUUGGUCUCCUCGUUUCUGGGUACUCGUUCUCAUCCAUAUCGUACCUCUUGUCACCCGAGUUUCUAGGCGGGCUCAAGCAGAGCUGGGGCCAGCCAAUGUCAGCGGGGGACAAGUUUAAAAGAAGAUGCUUUGUGGCUCUGAUCAUCGUUGGCUGUUUGCUUGCGCUUUUGGCAGCACCAGCAACCGCCGUACUGAUGAUCCCCAGAGUUAAGGACUGGAAUAUUGGCGGUGGCAUAUAUUGGCUUACUGGAGAUAAUGACACACUCUGGCCAACAAGUAUAGACGCCGACUACUACGCCGGUACUGACUGUGCCACUAAUGCGAACCUUUUCCUCAGUCCCCAAUGCCCGUCUUCUGGAUACAUGCCAUUGUUUCAUCACUUUGAUAAUUGGUGGAUUCUUCACGAAAGGGCCAUUGACCAUGAGGUACUGGACCCCUUUAUACGCAAAACUCUAUAUACGAGGCCUGCUCUUAUUAAAGAAGCCAACACCUGGGCAUUUACGACUCACCACGCCACAGCUGUCCUUCAAGACGCUGUAAGGGGAAUGCACUUCAAGGCCGUGGAACAUCUCAGUCGCGUGUCUCCCUCGAAGAGGCCCUUCCCAAAUCACCUUAUUUGGGCAAGCAACCAGAGGUACGAGGUUCAAACUCAUGUCCCAGCCGCCAGAGUUCUCUGCAAUGCUCAUGACUUGAUGAACCUGAACGGGAGUGAUCUGAGGGUCAGGUUUCCGCAUCCAGACAAGAUAGACUCGCAUUAUGAAGAAGAUAAGCCAGUAUCCGGAGACGAAAUUCCGGCCUUGGUAGAGGUUAAUGUCCUAGAGGACGUAAAAGAUUAUCUGGUCAGGAGAGGGGUUAUGCGCAACCUCAGCAAGUCUUUAAAUGAGUCGAUAUUCACAGAGACCCGCCCAAUCAUCAUGGCACCUGUAGAUAUCUGGCCUGUGACCAACGCCUCCCUCGGCGUGGUGGUCCUCUUCAACAAUGCGUGGAACACGACACUAGGCCCUCGAUAUACGACGAAUGUGCUGGCUUGCUCUAUCGACGCUCGUUGGGCCAAGGCCAAGUCCAUCAUGUCUGGAGUAUGGGACGAGUGGGUACCACAUGAGUACUACGCUGGCCGGGUAUUGAACUUGGUCGAGACUGAAUUGGAGCUCCAGUCGAAGAUCGGCUAUCUUCAAGUUACCCCUCCCAAGAACGAUUCCCUGAGAUCUAUCAGGAUGACCACGAAUUGGUAUGAGAUGCUAUCACCUCCAUUACCUGACACUUUGCCCAACGGUUUGAAGCAACUUCCAUUCAUCGGAACAAAAAUGACAACUCUCGAGGCAUUAGUCGCUACUAUUUACCAUGUAAACCUAUCUCAAAUGGCGUCUUUCGAGAGUGUCAUAGGAGCUGCGGUUGUUGAAGGGCUUUCUCGAUGCGGUCUAAACGGGAACGGGGGACAUGUCGAGAUCUUUGAGGGCGUGAUAGUCAAUGAUUCUCUAGCCCGGAAACUUGUCAAUCCCGGUGACCCCAAAGAGUACUGGUCAAACCCGAACGAACCAAGGCAGGAGAGGCUUGAGUUGAAAGCUAUAUAUACGGGCUACGUCAUGACCUGCGAUAGUUGGUUCGACUGGAUCGCCAACAUAGGGCUUGUCCUUUAUGCUGUGAUUGCUCUGUUGCAUUCAGUGUAUAUUUCAUGCAAGGGACAGACGAGUGGGGCAUGGGAUUCGAUUCUAGAGCUCGUUGUUCUUUGCCAAAAUUCAGAGCCGCCCCCGAGGCCAAUCUUGGCCAACACUUCAGCUGGUGUGCAUUCUUUCAAAACCGUCAGGUCGAUGGCUUGGGUCGAGGUAUCUAAAGAUACAUCGGCUAACACAGGCACUGAUUUCCCCGCGAGCGGAGGAGAGCUUCAACUUCGAAUUAGGGAUAAUGAAGAAAAACGAGAUGAGAGCCUUAAGCCAAGAAUAGGAGCAGCAUACGGGGUCUCUGUCACAGGUUAUCAGGGAUUGUCCUCUUGA